AUGGUCUUUUGCAUCACAUCUACAAAAUUCUUAUUUUCUAUCUAUUGUUGGUUAUUUGGUCUCCUCAUCUAUCUAUCUAUCUAUCUAUCUAUCUAUCUAUCUAUCUAUCUAUCUAUCUAUCUAUCUAAUUCUGUUGUUAUCUAUCUCAGUUUCUAUCUAAAUAUUGAUCUAUCUUUUGUUUCGUUCAUAUCUAUCAAUUAUUUUGUUCAUAUCUAUCUAUCUAUCUAUCUAUCUAUCUAUCUAUCUAUCUCAUUUUAUUCAUUAUCUAUCUCAGCUUGUUAUAUAUCUACCAGUCUAAAUAUUGCUCAAUCUAUUAUUUUGUUCAUAUCUAUCAAUCUUUCUAUUUCCCUAUCUAUCUAUCUAUCUAUCUAUCUAUCUAUCUAUCUAUCUAUCUAUCUAUUAUUACAUUGUUCAUAUCUAUCUAUCUAUCUAUCAAUUUAUUUGUUUUUUUCUCUCUUGAAUAAAUGUGAAACAUGUUAUAUUGAUAACCGUUUCUUUUUCUUAUCUAUCUAUCUAUCUAUCUAUCUAUCUAUCUAUCUAUCUAUCUAUGUUCAUAUUUAUCCUUCUUAUGAAAAUAUCUAUCUAUCUAUCUAUCUAUCUAUCUGA